GACGAACUAACUUCUGGACUGCGUAACCAGACAACCCCCUAAACCCGCAUUUCUUUGAGACACGGCUAGUGUACCUGGAUCCUGCAACCUGAUUUGAAUCUACAAUUACAUUCACUCAACCACAAUACACGGAAUAAUACCUGUGCCGGACCAAAAUCAGCGACACAUAACUUGACAAAAUGAGUCCUCCAGACUCGUCGAGACAAACGGGGCGACACCGGGAAGCGGGAUCCCGCAAACACCACAAGAGGAAAUCAAGCUCGCAUGCGCAUCGCCAAUCGAGAACAGACGAAAGCGGCUCAAGCAAUGGACGACCGCUGUCGAUUGAUGCAUUGGCGAGACUCAACGAGGUGAACGCAACACGGUCACCCCGACACCAAAGCAGAGACCGGGACAGGGAACGGGAUAGGGAUGUUGCUAGGGAUAAAGAGAGACACAGGCAGCGCGAGGAAGAAAGAGAGUACGAACGGGUAAGGGUCCGUGACCACGAGCGUAGUCGGGAUCAACGUCGUGAGAGGGAUUCAAGAGCCAGGAGACCAGAACGCACCGAAUACAAGGAGGUCGACAGGUUAGAAGACGCUCACAGGCCGAAGAAGGACAAGAAGCGCAAGAAGCGCAUCGUCAGUGGUGCGGCCCUUGAAGAGGGGCGGGGCAAGGAUCUGAGAGGAUUGAGGGGUGGCGGUCACAGCAGUAGUGACAGUCUGGAAAAGGAACCGCUACAGCCGAAGAAGCAGCCAAGAUGGAAGAACAAGAAGUUUUUGUGUCUGAUCGGUAUUGGAAUCGGCAUUGUCCUGCUCAUUCUCAUCAUCGCAGUAGCUGUAGUCGUCAGCAAACAGAAUAACAACGCCGACUCGUCCGACCCCAAGUCAAAUCUGAAGGAUAUUGAUCGAAAUAGUAUUCCUCCCGGCGCGCCCUCCUACCUUAACCCGUUUGAAUGGCAGGACACCAAGGACUUCAACCUCACCUACACGGAUCAGACAGUUGGUGAUCUACCUGUUAUGGGUCUGUUCAGUAGCUGGGAUGAUUCAAAACGGGCCAAUGACAAUGUCCCACCUCUCAACAAGCCCUGGGGCUCGUAUGCAUCUCGCCCAGCGCGAGGAGUGAACCUUGGAGGGUGGUUAUCUAUCGAGCCAUUCAUCACGGCUGAUCUAUACGACUGGGACCAGAGGACAGGAGUCAUCGACGAAUGGACUCUGUGCAGCAGGUUGGGGUCGGCAUGCCCAGCCUUUCUGGAAAAGCACUACUCUUCAUUUGUCAACGAGCAAACCUUCAAGGACAUCCAAGCGGCAGGCCUCGACCAUAUCCGCAUACCCUUCAGCUACUGGGCUGUUCAGACGUACGACGGCGAUCCUUAUGUCUUCCGUACGUCGUGGCGCUAUCUGCUGAGGGCGAUUGAGUGGGCAAGGAAGUACGGCCUGCGAAUCAACCUCGAUCUCCACGGUCUACCGGGUAGCCAGAACGGGUGGAACCACAGUGGGAGACAGGGAGAAAUCGGGUGGCUGAACGGAACUGAUGGUGCACUAAACGCACAGCGAUCACUCGACAUACAUGACCGCCUGUCCAAAUUUUUUGCCCAGGACCGUUACCGCAACAUCAUCACGCAUUAUGGCCUGGCUAACGAGCCCAAGAUGACUGCCUUGAGAGCUCAGGACGUGGUCGACUGGACAUCCAAGGCGUAUGACUUGGUGCGGAAGAAUGGUAUUAAGGAUGCCAUCGUCGUCUUUGGCGAUGGCUUCAUGGGGCUGUACAAAUGGCAGGGCCAACUCACCGGCUACGGCAAUGGACUCGCGCUGGACGUCCAUCAGUAUGUCAUUUUCAACUCGGACCAGAUUGCAUACAAUCACACGCGCAAAAUCGAGUAUGCAUGCGAUGGUUGGACAAAGCAGACAACAGAGAGUAUGAAUACAGCCACGGGUUUUGGCCCUACCCUCAUUGCGGAGUGGUCGCAGGCGGAUACAGACUGCGCCAAGCACCUGACAAAUGUUGGAUGGGGCAACAGAUGGACUGGAACAUACCGCAGCGGUGACCCUUCAUCCGAAGCGUUGUCGCCGCGAUGCCCAACCAAGGAUUCGCGAUGCGAGUGCGGAACGGCAAAUGCAGACGCUUCGAGAUACAGCGAUACGUACAAGACCUUCUUGCGGACAUUCGCGGAAGCCCAGAUGCACAGCUUUGAGAAGGGCUGGGGCUGGUUCUACUGGACCUGGGACGCUUCGCAUGCGCAAUGGAGCUACAAGAAGGGCCUCGCUGCCGGGAUCCUGCCUGCCAAGGCCUGGGAACGAUCAUUCAACUGCGACUUGGGGAAUAUCCCAAGCUUUGCUGGUCUACCCGAGACAUAUUAGACUAGAACUAGAGUAUUGUUGUUUUUCAUUUUCUUUUUUCUUUUUUUUCUUUUGGGGUCGUUCUGUACGAUGUUAUUUUUUUGGUUUCCUUCCAGGGAUAUAUAUCGCGGGAUUGAUGUGCUUUUGCACGAUGGGACGAGUACAAACGAGUUUGAUGUGUAUAGACAAAUGGCUUUUGUAUGUAGGCGAUGAUUACAUAGACAGUACAGCACAGGCACAGGCUGGGAGGAAAGCUGUCAAUCAAGGUGUUUUUUUGCUUUUAUUUUAUUUUAUAU